AUGGGCAGCAAAGCCUUCAUCGUCGAGCAUCUUGACCCCGAGCUCGGUCCCUGGUCAGAGCUAGAGUACAUCGCCAUUGCCAAAGAAACCCAACACACGAACGGCAGCUUCAUUCUAUCCAGUCUGCCUACCGAGUUCAAAGUUCCCGCCGCGUUAAACAGCGUCCCCGCAUUCAAGCCUGAGCACCGCGGUGUCGAGGAGCUAUACGCAGACGACAAGGCCAAAGUAUGUCUGCUGGACCCCGCCGCGGCAAAAGAUUUAUCCCCCGAGGAUGGAAAGACGUUUGAUGCAUUUUUAUUUGGUGGAAUCCUGGGUGACGACCCACCGAGAGACCGAACCUCGGAGCUGAGAAGGAAAGGCUUUGAAGGGAGAAGAUUGGGACCCAAGCAAAUGACCACGGAUACUGCUGUGCGCGUGACUCGCUUGGUUGUCCAGGAUGGCAUUACCCUGGACAAGGUUCCAUAUGUCGACUCUCCAGAGCUCAAGUUCAAUGCUCACGAGAGCACGCAAAUGCCUUUCCGGUACGUGGCAGACGAUCAGGGAAACCCGAUAAUGCCAGAGGGAAUGAAAGAGUUGAUACAACGGGAUGCGGACAAGUCUCUAGACGACUUGAUUUAA